CCAUGCCACACCUACAUAUACCUCAUAGUGCCCGUUGCACAGCUCAUCAAGCAGCUCGAUCCACAACUGCCAUCUUCGAGCGCCUCAGAUCGAGUUCCGCGCAUCAGAUCAGCAGCAAGAGAACUUGUGAAAUGGAGCCCCAGAAGAAGCAGGUCGAUGCCCUUGUCCAGAAGAUCACGGUGCUGCACGCCGCCAUCGCCAAGCUGCCGUCGCUCAGCCCUUCCCCCGAAGUCGACGCGCUCUUCACGGAGCUCGUCACGGCUUGCGUUCCCGCGAGCCCCGUGGACGUGACCAAGCUGAGCCCCGAGGCGCAGAAGAUGCGGGAGGGCCUCAUCCGCCUCUGCUCCGAAGCCGAGGGGAAGCUGGAGGCGCACUACUCCGACAUGCUGGCCGCGUUCGACAACCCGCUCGACCACCUCGGCAUGUUCCCUUACUACAGCAACUACAUCAACCUGAGCAAGCUGGAGUACGAGCUCCUGGCCCGCUACGUGCCCAGCAGCGUCUCGCCCGCGCCGCCCCGCCGCGUGGCGUUCAUCGGGUCCGGCCCGCUGCCCUUUAGCUCGCUGGUCCUCGCCGCGCGCCACCUGCCGGGCACGAUGUUCGACAACUACGACCUGUGCGGCGCGGCCAACGACCGCGCCAGCAAGCUGGUCCGGGGCGACAAGGACGUCGGCGCCCGCAUGUCGUUCCACACGGCCGACGUGGCCGACCUCGCGGGAGAGCUCGCCGCGUACGACGUGGUCUUCCUGGCCGCGCUUGUGGGCAUGGCCGCCGAGGAGAAAGCUAACGUGGUCGCGCACCUCGGCGCGCACAUGGCGGACGGAGCGGCGCUCGUCGUACGCAGCGCCCACGGGGCGCGUGGGUUCCUGUACCCGAUCGUCGACCCGGAGGAUAUUGGGCGGGGUGGGUUUGAGGUGCUGGCCGUGUGCCACCCUGACGACGACGUGGUGAACUCCGUCAUCGUUGCACGCAAGUCCAAGGACGCGCGUGCCCGUGGGGCUCACGAUGGGGGGCGCGCAACCGCGCGCGGCUUGCCCGUGCCAAUUGUCAGCCCGCCGUGCAGGUUCGGGGAGAUGGUGGCGGACGUGAUCCAGAAGAGGGAAGAGUUUGCCACUACUGAAGUGGUCUUUUGAGUUUCGAUCCAUGCGAAGGGACGAGAAUAAACAUGCGUACGUGGUCAAAUGGCCAUCAUCGGCCGCUGCGCGAUCGUUUGCAAUUCGUGAUGUUUCUCCUGCUAUCGAUGUAUUUCUACUCAUGUGUUGUUUUGUAUCUUGUGAUGAUGUAAUAUGUAAGUCUAAUGUUUAUUGAUGUAAUCCCCCAUUCCAAAAUAUUCACUCCAAAAUACCGAUGUAAUGUCGGCCUGGUGCCUUUACA